AUGAUAACGUACAAAUGAAGAUAUGGAUUACAGAUUAAGUGACCGAUACUUUUGGUAACGAAACAUUGUUCUUAUGCUUUUAGACAUAAGCUCGUGGUUCGAUUAGCUUUUAGACAUAAUUUGAUAAUCAGAUCGGAGAAUCUUACGUUGCUUCUAAAAAAGAGAGAAUUAACGCUUCUUCGAAUAAUAUAUGUCAACGACGAUAAACUGAUCAAAGAGAGUAAGAUGGACGUCGAUAGUCCGGCAGAGCUAAUGGAUUUAGAUUUCUAA